GAUACAGCACAGAUGGAGCCUCAGGAGUGGAUACGCAUCUUUCAGGAACAGAUAUCCAGACAGAUCCUUAACCAAGCCCACACUUGGCAUCUGGAAUUCGAUGACAACAUUAUGGGUCAAAACCCAGGACGGGAGCAAUACAUCAGGACCACACGUGCCAGGUUCAGAUGCAGCAAGUGUAAGAGAAGCUGGCCUUCCAACCGGGUGAUGGUGCUCUUCCACAUGCGGCUCUUUGACGGCCAGGGAACCGUCAAAGUGAGGCCGUUCCGCCAGAACUGCAAGAGGUGUGCCGAAGCUCCUAUGGAGAAGCCCGAAGUCGACGCAGAAAACAUAGAAAUCAUUAUGGAGAACCUGGUGGAGAAAAUAAGAAUAAAAUGUUACCAUGAAAAUCUUGGUCAAAAGAACAGGAAGCCCAGAAGCUUUGAUGUCAAAAGUCCACAUGAGCCGGCUCAUUGUGAGGGAUGCAAACAAGGAAUCUGUACAAGGGAUUAAGUUUAUCAUAAAAUAAGAUCAUGUUAAGGAUUUCUUUGUACUUAUAAAGCAUUAAAAAUCUCUGUAAAAUGUGUAUUUAAAUCACAUUUAACUCUGUCAAGUGCUAAACUUUGUUUACAUGAAGCCUGUGCGUGUUUGAUU